CCCGACCCCCGUAGCGCCGCUGCCGCCCGGAGCAGCCCCGGCACCGCCCGCACGAACUCGACAAAACCACAUGAGAAGAGACUGCAGUGAAAUGCUGGUAAUGGAGAGCGUUCAGAACAGGUGUUGUAACGAACAGAGAUGAGAGGUACCUAGUUGUUAAAGUGGUUAGGAGAGUCACUCUGAUAGAGGAAGGAUAGCUAUUGGAAUUUGACAGUUUUUCUAGGAGCUGUGUUUGCUCCCACAGAGCUAAGAGGGGAAGGCUUAUAGGUGGGUAAGCAAAUAGAACCUUUUUUUUCAGUCUGUGCCAACACUAAGCUUCCUGAUACACUUUGCCAAUUGUAAACUGCAACUGCAACUAAUGUCCUCAAGACAGGCUUGAUGAUGAGCCACACCUCAUGGGUUAGGGCUGCUGAUUGAUCCAAGUGCUUUUAGAACUAUUGACCAUCAGUUGAAAAGGUCUGCUGCUGAAGAAUUUAAAAUAACCUGUCUGACCUCUCUAUUCUGGAAGGUACUUGAACCAGAGAAAGGUCUGUCUGUAAUGCUGCAGCAGAUUAAAAUUAUCACUUCAAGCUGUUAAAUAACAGCAUUUCUCUGCACGCAUGUUGCAGUCCUUGCCCCUCUGAGCAGCAGUGUCAUCAUCCGCAGUCCUAAUUCCUGGAAACCUGAGUUGAUAAAUGUAGAGGUUAUGAGAUUUGGGCAGGCACAAGUAGAGCAUUGAUGGCUCUCACCCUGCUGCAUAGUAAGCCUUAUAUGUCCAAAAAAAAAAAAAAGGAAAAUGAGUUGUGCGCUGUGUGUGCUUAGCGAGGACGUAGCCUUCCCUGUAGGAGACCAUUCUCAUGCAAGAUCUCUAUUUUAGAAUUUAGUACUUCUUGUAACAAGAAGCCAUUUUGUUUUCAUUAGUGACAGACGGUAACCUUCCUAAAUCCUGCUUAUUAAUAGGGGUUUUUUUUGUUCUUUCUGAUGUACUGUUCAAAAGACAGCUCGGGGUUUUCUCCAUUUUGGGUAAUGCUUGCUGUGCUCAGGAGUUGUAUCAUCCCACUUCCACUGUAAAUGACUGCAGGAAAAAGAAAGCACAGCAAAGAUAGAAAGAACAGCAGUGAGCCAGCGUGCUCACCCUCCGAGAAGGUGGAAUGAGCCAGUUGUGGGAUAAUUGUGUGCUCACAGAUUGCACACUGUGGGGUACUGUGCUAGAAUGGCUGUAAAGGAAAAGUUGGUAGCUGCUGAUCCUUUGCUUCUGUAGUUGAAAGACUGGUUGUAGGUGGGUGAAAUGGCAUGGUAGGAAAGCAAAACAACUGGCAUCAGAAUGAGCCUGACUAUGGAAACGCUUUCCUAUUGCUUGCUGUUCAGUGCAGGUUUAAUUCCUUUUGCAUUCUGUGGCUUUGGCUCCACUGCAUUGGAUAAUAAUGACCUUUAAGGGACUGUAAAGUAACAAAGGGAGAAAAAUGUCAAAAUCCCUAGUCUUGCAUAUGUUGAGGUGUCCAGUCUCUUAGAGUCUGUGGCCAGCUACCCUUUUCCAGUAAGGAUAAGAUGCAGAUGAGAGACUGCAGACCUGCAACAGGAAACUACACAAAAGGGUUGUGUGAAUAGCACUGAAAGGGAAUAAUGCUGCUGGGGAGUCUGUCAUGGAUAAUGCUACGGAACACUCCUGAAAUCAUGCCAUGCAGUUUUCUUUGAGGAAGAAGUAUUAGCAGGGCUGCUCUGAAUGUGGCACAGCGCGUUCUAGUGACUGCUGCAGUGGUGCUGAUGUGAAACCCCACAAUGAGCUCAGCAUCACUGAACCCUUUGGCAAAGCUUUGGAUGGCUGGAAUGGUGAAGGAGUAAAGCUUAAGUGCAGAGCCCUUUUGCCAUGAAGUCUUUCCAUUCAGUAUUUUACAUAAAUCAUUGGGAUGUCGGCUUGUAAGACUUCUGCUGAAGAGAAUGCUACUGUCCAGAUUGUCAGAGUAAAAUAUCCCAGCUUGCUGCUGGCAUUUUUUUUAAAGACAAUUAGAAGCAUGUGAACUUAAAUGCUUAGAAGUAUCAUUUUGUGGUAUCUACUAGUAGUGUGAUAGCUGAUGCAGGUUGCAAUCUCAGGUUUGGUGUGGGCCCCAGCAAAGGUAUUCUAAAACACAUGAAACAUGCAUAUCAGCAUUGGCAAAUACUACUUUGCAUAUCAGUAGUAAAGUAUGUGAUACACAAAAUACAGCAAUUAGACAUAGUAAACAUUUUCAGCAAACUUACCAAAGAUGUAAGUUUUUGAUAGGUGUACAACAGUAUGUUGACGGAGGACAGUUAUACUUGCAGUGUCCUUAAUCUCCUGAGAAAUUUAAGGCUGUAGGUUGAACCUGGAGAGAGCAGUGAUAGUGACUGCUGGGGAGAACAACGCAGCAAGUAUCAAAAGGCUUGUGAAAAAUUAUCAUUGUGCUGUAGUAUUUAUAACAUUAGUCCCUCAGACUUUGGGGGAGAGGGAUAGGAAACUAGCCAGCUGCAAUCAAACGUGCAAAACAUUGUCCAAGCCUUGGGCAAAACCCACCACAAUAAGAACAGCAGUGUCACUGGGCUGCCUGGUCUUUAGCACAGCGACCUGAAAAUCCAUGAUUUUUCACAUCCCUUGUAUCUUUCCACGUUCUGAAAUGACUUAGCAUCUGCCAUUCCCAUUGAAGAAAGGAAUUGCUGCCAAUACCAGAAGAGAUUUGGAAUUUAUGAAUUUGCUUAGCUUCAAUAUUCUUCUGAACUUGAAAAACCAGUAAGGAACAUUAAACCAGGAAAAUUGAGUUAUCAGUUUAAAUGUAAGAUUCAUGGGCCUUUUAUUGGAGCAAAAGCAGUAUCGGCAUAUAAUUGCAUACAUUAUUUAGUUAGCUGGGAGUAUUUUGUUUGAAUAAAUUUGCUGAUUGUACUGACAGAGGGAAGCAUGUUUAUCUGAAACGUUUCCAAAAUUUGAAUGCAUGAACAAGUAAAUGUGGACUGUAAUACUUCAACAUGCAUAGGAGUAGUGAAAGACUUACAGUAAAAAUAAUUAUAAAUAAUCAGCUCAACUAUAUGUUUUUAAUAGCUCAUUGCAGCCACAAUGGCAACAUCAUCUGAAGAAGUGUUACUGAUUGUAAAGAAGGUACGUCAGAAGAAGCAGGAUGGAGCUCUGUACCUCAUGGCUGAACGGAUAGCAUGGGCACCUGAAGGCAAAGACCGCUUCACAGUCAGCCAUAUGUAUGCAGACAUAAAAUGCCAGAAAAUCAGUCCAGAAGGUAAAGCAAAAAUUCAGCUUCAGCUGGUAUUGCAUGCAGGGGACACGACCAACUUCCACUUCUCCAAUGAAAGCACAGCAGUGAAGGAGCGAGAUGCAGUAAAGGAUCUUCUUCAACAACUGUUGCCUAAGUUCAAAAGGAAAGCUAAUAAAGAACUUGAGGAGAAGAACAGAAUGCUGCAAGAAGAUCCUGUUUUGUUUCAGCUCUAUAAAGACCUUGUUGUGAGCCAAGUAAUCAGUGCUGAAGAAUUCUGGGCCAACCGUUUAAGCCUGAAUGCAGGGGAUAAUUCUGCAGCACCUAGUAAGCAGGAUGUGGGCAUCUCUGCAGCAUUCCUGGCUGAUGUACGGCCUCAGACAGAUGGCUGCAAUGGUCUGAGGUACAAUUUGACUUCAGAUAUUAUUGAGUCCAUAUUUCGAACAUACCCUGCAGUAAAAAUGAAAUACGCAGAAAAUGUUCCACACAACAUGACUGAGAGGGAAUUCUGGACACGAUUUUUUCAGUCUCAUUAUUUUCAUCGGGACAGGCUCAAUACAGGCUCAAAAGACCUCUUUGCAGAAUGUGCCAAACUGGAUGAAAAAGGGUUAAAAGCAAUGGUGUCUCAAGGAGUGAAAAACCCCCUGAUAGAUUUAACAGCUUUGGAAGAUAAAUCCUUAGAUGAAGGCUAUGGUGUUGCUUCUGUGGCCUCUACAUCAAAUGCCUCAAAGUCUGCUAGAGAAAGCAGCAAUGCUGCCAUCAUAAAACGCUUUAAUCAUCAUAGUGCCAUGGUCCUUGCAGCUGGCCUCAGGAAACAAGAAGCACAAAAUGACCAUUACAGUGAGACCAGCAGUACGGAUGGAAACUCCAGGGAUUCAGAUUUCUUUCAGCCACCACUGAAAAAGGUGAAACUGCAGGAGGCCAUUGAAUAUGAAGAUUUAUCAAAGAAUAAUGGCGUUAAAACUAUUGCACUAAACUUAAAGAAGUCUGAUAGGUAUUAUCAUGGUCCAACUCCAAUUCAAUCACAGCAAUAUGCAACCAGUCAGGAUAUAAUUAAUUCUUUUAAUAGUAUUAGACAAGAAAUGGAAGCAUAUGUACCUAAACUAACUCAGGUUCUUUCAAGUGGUGAUGCUGCCAGCACUAUUGCAGUCCUGUCACCUGGAGGAGCACUUAUGCAGGGUGGAACACAGCAAGCCAUAAACCAGAUGGUGCCAAAUGACAUUCAGUCUGAACUAAAACACUUGUACGUGGCAGUAGGGGAACUGCUACGACACUUCUGGUCCUGCUUCCCUGUUAACACGCCAUUCCUAGAAGAAAAGGUUGUGAAAAUGAGGAGCAACUUGGAAAGAUUUCAGGUUACAAAGCUCUGCCCAUUCCAAGAAAAGAUUCGGAGACAGUAUUUAAGCACAAAUUUGGUAGGCCAUAUAGAGGAGAUGCUGCAGACGGCCUACAACAAGUUCCACACGUGGCAGUCCCGGCGCAUGCUGAAGAAGACGUGAAGGCGCACGCUGUACAGGUCUGAGAGCAAAGCCUGCAAUAGGGUAGGAGUACAGCCUAGGUAUGUCCAGAUCAACUUAGAGUUCUUGCAGGAAGACCUGCAAGCUGUGGACUUCUGGAAACGAUGCUAACUGAACUUGCACAUUUUUGAAAAAGAACUGAAAAAAAACUUGAAAACUAGGGAGAAAAACAAGGAAGAACCAAAACAGAAGAGCUGAGGCGCAAAAAUAUUUAAAAGACACUGUUUACUGCAGUUACUCAGGAACUGCUUUUGAUUUGCAUAAAGAGCUGCUUUCAGAAAUAAAAAAUUUAAAGAGGGUGUAUUAAUAAAAUUUGUUUUACUGUCUAAUUUUUUUUAAGAAGUGUAUGGCACAGGGUAGAUCUCAAAAGUUUUUCUUCACUGGAUUCUGACAUUUUAUUGAAUUGUUUGUACUUUCUGCAACAGUUUAACAAUGGUAUCUUAAAACAUAGCUGAGACUGUUUUUGCUUUAAACAUCUGUGAGAGUAUAGCUGUCAGAAGACAAGCUCCUGCCAUAUGUUUCCCCACCAAUUGGAAGCAAGAGGCAUUGCACUGAAAGUUGUUCAUGGUCUGGGGUCCCUAAAGGUACAUGGGGGCAAACUUUUGCCUGAAGUCUUGGAUUUUUAUGCAGAAUUUUUUCAGCCAUCAGUUUUGCAUGUUUUCCUUUGAGUGCAAGUGUGUGCUACUGCAAUCCUUUUUUUUUUUAAUGGUGGCAUUUGUUCUGAGGAGAGAAUGCAUUUUUAAUAAUGACAUUAAAUAAAGUUUCUUACAAAAGAAGUCAUUUAUUUUCAAUUCUUAGGCAUUUUUUUAUUUCUUCUCCUAAAUCUGUUUUCCUUCAUUCUUCCCUUUUGACUAUUAUACUGUUUUUGGCGAAUUGAUAAUCAUUGCAAAGAGAAAAAUGUGUUAUCACAAUGUCCAUAGAUGUUGGGAAUCUGUGCCAUACUUUGUUCCAAAUAGGAUCAGUUCACAGUUUCAGACCAACUUGUCUUGUAUUAAAUGUGACUUAAAUGCAAAGUAACCCCCUUUCUAGAAUAUAUGCAGUUUAAUGCCAUCCUUGUAUUUUUUUUGUCACCUUGACUGUACUAAAGCCCAGUAUGGGCUACUGAACUUUUUUACUUAAGACUAAACGUGACUGUUAAAAAUGCAUCUACUACAAAGACAAAUCAGAGCGACAAUAUGUAUUCAAAGCAAGCACAGCAGUGUUCAGUACAGCAGAAGAAAUUCCCAUUAGCCUGCAUGAUGGCUUAAUGGCUAUGUUUUGGUAUGAUGCUAAAAUAUGAUAGUACGAUGUUGGGUGGAUAAUUCUUGCAAAUUCCUACAGAAGAUGUAUUGGUGUAGCCAACUUGGUGCUUGUUCUGUGCUGCUGCUCCAUUUAUGCAAGAGGGGUUUUUUCUUUCACUGGUGUGUGGAAGUCAGCAGCUUCUUUUUACCCUUUUUUGCUUUCAGAUUUUUGUAUUAUGCUAUAAUAUUUUGGUAAAAGCUGAGUUUCAGUUAAAUGCCACUGUCUGCACCAAAGUUCUGUUUGGAAAUGUGUGCAUAUUGUUCAGCCUAGUUCCCUGUCUGCCUUUGCAGAUUGAUGCAUGAUCCCUGCUCUGUGCUGUUGAUGUGGUUCUGCUACAAGAAAUGACUGGACUCAACAUGAGGUGCCCCUUGUUCUUGACAGGGCGGAAAUGUCACUAGGAACAAACAGAUGUACGUACAACAUUUGGGGGAUGAGGUGCACAUCUUAUCAAGAGUUACCCCUCAUGAUAACUAAACUAUUUCUCUAAAAUUUAGGCUUAGGGGUACGGCUUUAUUAAGCCAAAUCCUCUUAGGUGCAGGCAGCUCCAGAAAGAAAGGGUAGUUUGUUCUCCCCCGAUCCAAAGCAUUUGAUCUAGGAAUUCUGUGGCCAAAUUUCAGCUGUUUUGUGAAAGCUAACAUACCUUUCAUCAUAUCAGAGGGCUAGGGUCAAGAAAACCUAAAAUGUCUGAUUUAAAUUCUAACUGUGCCUGAAGCUAUGAACAACGCAUUUAAGUAUUAGACUGCACUGAGACUUCACUAAAAAAUGUAUGGGACAGUUUUGAACAUGGAACUAAUUCACCUUUAAUUGGAGUCAGUAUUUAGUGUUCCAGGAAAGGCUGGGCAAAAUGGUUAGCAUGGUGGAAAAGUUUCAGUGCAUCACAAGAACAUUUUACAGUCCAGAGGACUGUCGUUUAUAACCAUUUCGGGGAUGGUGUUGCAAUAGCUUUAAGUUACUGUAGUGAUAUCAGGCUAUCAAAAUGUACCUUAAUUAACAGAACUAGGGGGGAAGAGGACUAUGAUACAACAGUUUUGCCUAGAGACUGUACAGGCAAGGCUGCUAUGCACUUCAUAUUGCUUUUUCAGGUAUUGUGGCAAUAAGGCACAGGCCCCUCCUCAAGUAAAGGGAGGUAAACUAAAUAUUCUUUCUACGUUAUGUUCCCCUUUUCUGUAGCAUGGUCCAAAACACAGAUUAAUUCCUUGAGUUUUGAAACUGAAUCAUCAUGCAUUAUAUUACUAUUGGAAUCUUUAUACUGACUUGUAUUUUUAAUGAGAAUUCAUAAAACUUGUAUCAUUGGCAUUGAUCUAAGAUUUGUAGAAUAAACCCUACUGAAUUCUAAA